GGCCAGUAAAGGGGGCAGAGAACUAUUUCUCUGAAAGUACACUGUAAUUCUUUCUGUACACUGUAAGUCUUUUCUUCAAGCUCGGACAGGAUGAGAACAGCGCUGUUCAUUGUUUAUCUCUUUCCUGUGCUGACAGUGAUAGCACAGGCAACACCGGGGAGCAUCGACCUUGUGGUCUCGCUGAAAAAUGGCCAAAUCAGAGGGGAAUACGUAACGGUGAAAGGCACAGAGAGGAGGGUGAAGCAAUAUCUGGGAAUCCCCUUUGCCCGGCCCCCUGUGGGGCCCCUCCGCUUGGCUGCUCCCCAGGAUAUAGAGCCGUGGGAGGGGGAGAGAGACGGCACACACCAGCCCCCCAUGUGUAUCCAGGAUCCAGAAAUAGUUGUGAAUGUUUCUAGGACCAUGUCAAUGCAAUACACCCCAACAGAGCUUUCAGAGGACUGUCUGUAUCUGAACGUAUACACUCCAGCUGAGGCAACAAAAGGGGAGAAACUGCCGGUGAUGGUGUGGAUCCAUGGAGGAGGUCUAUCAAUGGGUGCAGCAUCUCAGUAUGAUGGCGCUCCACUGGCUGCUUAUGAAAACAUAGUGAUGGUUAUUAUCCAGUAUCGCCUUGGCAUUCUGGGAUUCCUGAGUACUGGAGACGAACAUGCUCAGGGCAACUGGGGUUUCUUGGAUCAGCUGGCGGCCCUGAGAUGGGUGCAGGAAAAUAUUGAGGCCUUUGGUGGCAAUCCACAAACCGUCACAGUCGCUGGAGAAUCUGCAGGAGGCAUCAGUGCAUCCAUACUGACUCUGUCUCCUCAAGCAAAAGGACUGUUUCAAAGGGCAAUUUUUCAAAGUGGAGUAGCAACGCUUGGGACCUACACUACAAGCCAUCCUUUGGGUCAUGCCAAGAUUGUUGCCAACCUUACUGGAUGUGACCGCAGCAGCACGGAGGAACUGGUGCAGUGUAUGAGGGGAAAAAGCAAAGAUGAGCUAGUUGAUGCGACUAAAAAGAUGAAAAUGUACCUGGGAGCAGUGGUGGAUGGUGUGUUUCUGACUGAUACAGCAGAGGAACUUCUCAAGAGGAAAGAAGUGCUGAAGGUUCCAGUGAUGAUGGGAAUAACCAACCAUGAGUUUGGAUGGAUCCUGCCUCAGAGCUUUGCCCCUCCUGGCUGGGAGAACGGUAUGAACAGAGCGUCUGUGCUGGCAGUGGUGAACAUGUUCAACCCUACAGGGGCGUCCUCUGCCAAUAGCCUCAUCGCAGACGAAUACCUGAAAGAUGCUAAAACACCAGAGGAGAUCAGAGACGGAUUCACUGAAAUCAUGGGAGACCUGCUGAUGACGCUGCCUGUCGUCAAGGUGGCCGGAUACCACUCAGAUGCGGGUGUUCCAGUUUACAUGUAUGAGUUUGUGUACCGUGCUGAGAUACACAAACACACCAGACCCAGCUUCGUGAAAGCAGAUCAUGCAGAUGAUGUCGGCUUCAUGUUUGGUGGAUGUUUCUGGAAUGGACAUAUAAAAAUAAUAGGCAACAUUUCCAUGGAGGAUGACAGACUUUGUAGGACCAUGAUGGCAUACUGGGCCAGCUUUGCCCGUACUGGCUCUCCCAACGGUCCUAGUCUGGUCAGCUGGCCUCAGUAUGACAGGCAGAAGCAGGAGUACAUGGAGCUGGGCCUGACGCAGACGGUGAGACAGAAACUGAAGAAGGACAGGGUCCAGUUUGCUACCGUCACCCUCCCUCAGAAGCUGGAACAGUUAGCAGCAGCAGUCAAACCUGGAAACUGAUCUCUGCAAGCUGUCAUAUUGUUUGUGUAGUUUGAGAGUAUAAAGCCUUCUCACCAAAACUAACUGGUAUAAUGUUAAUUACUGCCUAGACCCCAUUAUUAAAAUUGAUUUACUGGGCUUCUUUUCCAA